AUGGCGUUUUUGAGAAAGCUACUCCUGUUUCUGGCGUUCGCCAGCUAUGUUCAGGGCUCAGAGGUCGAGCUGGACCUGUCGAGCGCGUCUACGGACAAUUUUGAUGUGGUAACUUUUGAGGCUGGGCCGGCCUCUGUGACACGUUUUACACCCAAGCUGGGCGUAUACGUGAAUAGAGUCACCGACUCACCGGACAGCGUAUGGUCCCCUUUGUCGAAAGAUUUCUCCAUGAAAUCCUUCGAAAUCCACCAAAGGUCGGGCCACAACUCCAUAGGCCACCUCGCGCUCCUGGAAAAAAGCACUCCAUCCCCUUCAGACUCCAAGAAGGAGGAAACUUUAAACCAAAAUACGACUGAAUCUUUACCUGAAAAGGUUGUCUUUAGUAAUUUGUAUUUCACGAAGAGAGACAAGGGCUGGUACCCCCUGACGAAGUACCACUUUGAUGUAUUAAAGGACGAGAUGGAGUCCUUAGAAUCAACUCUAGACCUACAUAAUUUCUCAGAUUCCUUAUUCUCUGUCUCUCAUCUUGAUGACAGAGUGACACGUGAGCUUCUCCUUGCUCGCCGUCUUUCUCGUGUAACUCGCGUGAACCAUAACGGGGAUCUGGUCUGGAGUUCUGGAGGAACUGAGCUCUUCAAGAGCGCAGCUCUCUCCUACAAUACUAUGAACAAACUUGUGUUGGUCAAAAUGACCUUGACCACACCAAACAUGACCUACAACCCUCUUGAUGAAAAGUCUACCAGAUACUACGUUGACAGGACUCUUUACUUCUAUAGGAAUAAGUCGUUUGCCUGGGAAACAGUAAACCCGACAUUCUACGAGGAACAAAUCGAUAGAUUGAGGAAUGAGUUCGCCGAAUUUUCCAGGCGUUUCCCAAAGCUUACUCUAGACCUCCUUCACUUGGUGAACGGGUCUGUCUCCGAAACUCCUAUAUACUACAACUUUAAAUUCGAGAAGAAGGAGUACAGGGGUAUGAAUGUGAUGAUGCUUAGCCCUUUGGGAGAUGCUCUCUUGACGGUUGUAAAGUCAGGGGACUCUCUUCUUUGGGUUUCAGAAAAUAAGAAAUCGCAUUGUAGAGACGUACGCCUUUACCGCCUGAGCGGAGGCUCUACAAUCGUGGACCUCUGCCUGGCCUCCAGCAGCUCCGACGCAUGCCAGUAUAAGUUUUUUGGGUUCGAAGGUGGUGAAUGGCGCGCACUCUCGCCCGAGAAUUACAAACAUUUGUUGAACAACGACGAGAUCUCAGUUGUUCUAGACCUCGCCAUCUCAGAUUUGGAUUUCUGCACAAAGUCCAUCUUCAAGGUCGAUGGUGUCCCAGUGACAAACUUUACUGCUCUUGAUGGCUACUACUUUGACAAGGUUAAGGAACUUGAGUUUGAACUGUGGAACUCAACUCGGUUCCUAAAGUGUAAAAAAGUGUUCCAUGUCAAUUUAAACAGUUUUAACUUCAUUUCUUUACUCAUUGAAGAUCCAUUAAGCAACACUUCCCAUUUGUUGUAUUAUCAAAAAAUGUCACUCGCUCCCUUUGAUACCAAUAAUGAACUUGUCUGGGUCCCUAUAUCCCAGGCAGUUCAUUCUUCAUUGAUGUACUCUGCAUUGAUGAAGAUAUCGUUUGACUUUGACUUGGCUGAGUUUAUAACUUACGUUAGAUCAGAGCAUCCUUUUCCCUUUGAUCUCAACUCCUUCCCCAAGACUAAGCUUGAUGCAAAGUACAAAAAUUAUACUUUGAGCUUAUUCAGGCACAAAGACGUACCAAUGGUCCGAAUUUAUCCAGUAUUCGCAUCUCAUCUGGCUAACUUUCGAGAGGGUUCUAACGUGAUCUGGUCCUCAAAGCUUAACUACAAACUUUUUUUCUUGGAGUUUAACUAUGCGGAGCAGCCCAGCAUGGCGAUGUUAAUGUUCUCAGACGAGGCUGACGUGGUAAGGGUUUCUUAUUAUUCCCGAGUAAGGGGCAGGUGGAAUAAAGUCACCGUAGACGAGGCGCAGGACUAUUUCAGCGCAAUAUCCACCGUCCAGGACCACAAGUACUUCACACUUGAUGUUGGGAAACUGGCUCCUUCUAACAAGUUCACAUAUAACGUCGAGCAUCUUGAUUCCCCUCCAACAGCCUUUGUGGAGCCAUCCUAUGGUUACAAGGUUGGCAAGCUAGUCGACGGCAGUGAAACCAUAUGGUCUUCAGCCUCAGUUCCCACUGAAAACUCCACGGCUUACGGCAAAGUAGAUGGCACUAAACAAACUAGGGUCACAAUGUCACAAUCUACACACAUCUACCUCAAUCACUACCAUAAAGUCCCUGACGGGUCUUGGAAAGGUGUUAGUACAGAAGAAUACUUUCGGGAGUUGGAUAAAUAUUCUGAAGAGUAUUAUCAGGGAGAGGAGAUUGUUGAUUUGUCGGAUGUUUUCAAGGGCGAGAAGAGAGUUUACUACGAAUUUGUCGACUCAAGUUAUUUUGGUUUGGACCACUACGGUGUUCUCAAAUUCACUGAUAAGGUGGAAAAUUUAUCCCUGUACGUUAACGGUGAACCCCUAUACAAGUUCCCUAGAGUCCACUACCUCAAGGAAGUUAUUUUCUUUCCCUCUAACGCACCAAAGGUCAUAUCACUUGAAGUCCAACUUUCUUUACUUCUGCGACUCGCGCUUGAUUGA